AUGAAGGAGAGUAGGGAAAGGAGGCUUCUAAACAGCCAGGAGACCAGUAACCCAGAGUUUAUUAUCUCAUUGAAAAGCCCUACUGUAAUCCAAGCGUGCAAGAAACUUCAUAUUUCAGUUCAUGACUUGAAGCCCAUUUCGUACGAUAAAUUCAAGAAAAGGCAAGUCGAUUUAACAAUACCUGAUGAUGUAUUGUAUGAGAAUUGGGUAAAUAGAGAGAAAAAACGAGUCAAAUUGAUGCAGAAAGUUGUCAAUAUGAAGCAGAAAAUUCAUACUUUUGACUCUAUUAACGAGGAUAAAUCGAUGCAUCAUAGGAAACAUUCCUAUGGCUUAUCAGACUAUAAUGAGAACGGGAGAAAUCAUAAACUAAGACAAAAGAAUGUAAGCAGAGUCAGUGUGUCAUAUACGAAAAGUGACUCUACUAGCAAACCAAUAGCACUAGAGAUUAAAUAUGGUGAAAAGCCUAAAUAUCACGAUAAAACUCAUUUUAAUAAAAAUAUUGAUGAAUUAAGAGAAAGGCAAAUAGAAAGCCAACAGAAACUUCACAAAUAUCUUGACGAAAUGUUUGAAAAAGAACAAAGAGAUAAAGAGCGGCAGCAAAAGUACUUGCAUCUCAAAUAAGCUCGAGUCGCAACAAUACUUGAAACUGGCUAAACUAGAAGCUCUCCAAAGACACAAAUCUAAACUAGAACCAACCAGUGCAAUCAAUGUGGACCCUGUGAAACUCAAGAGAGCUGAUGAGUUCUUUAGGAAUCUCCAGUCACGAGACCUCGGCCACCGAAACAACUCUUUGCCAAAACUUGAUCCCAAGAAGAAUGUUGAAAUUGGCAAGAACAGAGUUAAAUGGCAGGACUCAGAAAUGGAAGCUCGCAAAAGCACCCACAACUUAUUUCUUGCAAAGAACAACCACAGUUCGACUCAUAAGCACAAGUACUCUGAAGAAGAGGCCAAACGUGAUAGUUUUAAACAGGCUUACAAACCGAACACACAUCAAAAGGGCUACAACUCAGAUGCGUAUCUUUCUAAGAGCUACGAAAGCACAAAGCGAAUCAUCAAAGACAGAAUCAGAGGCGCCCACAACAACGCAGGCAGGCACAAAAUCCAUUCGCAGAAAGUGACGAUCCGGAGCAACCGAGGGAGCGAACAGAGGUACUCCAGUUCCAGACGUGGCAAGGUCCUUGAGAUCACGUUCAGAGGUCCCAAAGAAGGCCAGCCCAACGACCAAAACAGUUCAAGCAACAAGAAACGGACCAUCGAACUCUGCCUGAAAUAUAAGAAUGGGUCGAAGAAGGAUCUCAUCGCAGCCACAAAGCAUCGCAACAGCAAAGACUUCGAGCCCCAUGAAAUAGACCCGAAGGUUUACAAAACAACUUCAGGCGGCAAGCAUUCGUCUGAAGAGCGGUGCAAAAGUGUUCUUCUCAAAAACAAAAAGGAUGGCACAGUCCAGCUUCACUUGGACAUUAACAAGCGCAAAGACCACUUCAAAGCUAGUCAUGGCAAAAACGGACAGCCUUCAGUUCAGUUCAAGAAUCACCCCCGAGACCUGGACAGAGAAGACUUGUCCAAGCAGCUUCCGAAGAAAGACCUAAAAAGAAGCAGAGUCUACGACAUCAGAAUCAAGAAUUACGAAGGAUUAUCAGGAAUAAAAGUCAACAAAAGCGGAAACUUAAGUUUUAAGGACAAACCAGUUUUGCUUAAUCUUUCGUUUGAGAAAGGGCGUAAAAACCUUGUGUUCGAAGAAAACAGGAAAAGCAAAAGGCAUCCCUACAAUGACGACAGAGUUGGCAAGAACCUGUAAAUAACCGUUCUGAAUUGUUGCUUUCGGGUAUCAAAUGUCUGGUCUAAUGGUUCACAAAAAUAAUUUGUGUAACGUUUAACCAUUGAGUCAAGAAUGGUCGAUGAACUCGAAAGCCUGAGGCGAUC